AUGCAUCAGAAAGUUCAUGUAACUACAAAGGUCCAAGGCCACCUGGACGCCCUAGUCCGUCUGGCGCAGUCCUGCGUCAUCAAAGUGCGAGCCUCCCCCAAGGACGUCAGAGCAUACUUCACCAACUCCUCGCCAGUCUCCAGGUCUGGACAGUGCUUCGCUGCUUGCAUGCUUGAGCAGAGUGACAUCAUCAACCAUGGGAAGGUCAACAGAGAUCUGCUGGUGCACCAAGCGAGCCUCGUCAACGGCAAAAACUCGAGGGUAGUCAGGAAACUCAACAGCAUCUCCAGACUCUGUCUGGACAGCAUCGAGGGCAUGUCUGACAGGUGUCAACUGGCGUCGACGUAUAAUGACUGCUUGAAUGAGAACAUGCUGGAGUUUGCCUUCCCUCUGGAUAUUGCUGAGGAAGCUGUGAGGAAGAUGCCGUUCCAUUUGAUACAACCUAAUUUACCGAUGGAAAUAAGGCAGUCCCACUUCUGA